CCUGCGCGACGUCAGGAUCGACGGUGAACAGCAAACCUCGAUAUUCUGUCAUCAUACCAAGCCCUACGAGGGACAAAUCAUGGAACCACCCACGGCCACAGCUGCUGCCUAUCUGAUCGUGCCAGUAGAGUUUACUUAAAAGGCCGCCCUCGCCCUGGCCAUUGCUUUUUUUUCUUGCCAUAUUGGCUUUCUCUCGGCAGUUUAACAUUUUCUUUCUCUCUACACAGCGUCGCAUUGCCAACUCUUAAAGAUGCCCAUCUUCACCAAUCCAUUCCAAGACCGCGCGGUCAAGCAAAAAGACUCCGCAUCAUUGAAGCCGCCACUACCGCACGAGCCUGUCCCUCCAGCGCUCUCUCGAGUAGGUCGUGGCGCAUCAACGGAUGCAAGCCGAAGGCCCUCCGUCGCAACCGUCUCGUCGAUAAACUCAAACCCCGACACCCAACAUAAUCAUCUUAACGUGCCCCGACGACCAAGCGCAUGGGGCCGCAUGUCCGAUUACGUCGCUAGACGAAACUCCACUCCACAUGGCACAACAGCCCCUCUUCACGAAUGGGACCGCUGGGUCGCGCACACAAAACGCACUUUUUCAACUUCAGACGAGCUCAUCGACGAAAGCAGAAUGGCCGCGCUGACGAAAAAGUACGGGGAACUCUGCGAAGUCAGCGGGCUCGGCACCGAGUCGAUCAUCCUCGUCUCGCACAAAUACCAAUACUGUCCGCCGCUGGACACCUACUACGCGCUCAAGGUCCUGCGUCGCGCUCCAGACGAGUCACAGUCCGAUCACCAGAACCGCGUAACAGCCGAGUUUGCGCUCGCUUCAACGCUGACGCAUAAACAUGUUGUGCCUACGUACGAGCUCCUCCCGCUCGGAGCGGGAAACACUCCCGAUCUCUUUGUUAUAUCGAUGGAAAACUGCGCCGGCGGCGACCUGCACUCGCUCAUUGCCGGCUCAGCGGCACAUAAGCUCCCAGCAGAGCAGGCAGAUUGUCUGUUCAAACAGCUUCUGCGCGGCCUGGCUUACCUCCACAGCAAAGACGUGGCGCAUCGCGCGCUGGCGCCGGAGAACCUCCUCUUAACUAAUAGGGGCUGUCUGAAGAUUGCGGACUUUGGGCACGCGACUUGCUUCCGAGUUCCUGGUGAGGAUUCUGUUGUCUUGUCGAAGGGCAAGUGCGGGAUCUCGCGCCCGUAUAUCUCGCCGGAGCAGUAUACGGACGCGGAGUUUGAUCCUAGGGCUGUGGAUAUUUGGGCGGCAGCGGUUAUCUACGUGGCCAUGAGGACGGGUCGAAAUCUUUGGCAGGAGGCCACGGAGAGCGACACGGGCUUUGCACAAUGGAUGGAGCAGAGGAGUAAUGGCAAGAACAAUGCCGUCCUUGAUGAGAUCUCUACGGACUUAAGCCGUGAUAUCCUGUACGCUAUGCUGAGUAUUGACCCAGCCGCUCGACCCACAACCGCGCAGGUUCUCUCCUCGGCUUGGGUGGAAGGGGUCGAUUGUUGUAUUCCUGCGGCGAUUUCGGACUAGUUGAAGGGAAGGGAGCAUGGUAUACCCUUGCAACGUUGAUGACCUGCAUAUAAAGCGCAUAUACAACAUCUGAUUGCCUCUUAACCAGGUAGAGCACAUAUAAUGAGAAUGCCAUGAUGAUUAUAAUCUGGAAAAGUCGUCUGAUGACUUUUCGAAGUUCGGAGCACUCGACAAAAGUGCACCCACCUACCUGCCUCGUUAGAACGAAGUUAUUUGAUACCUUCCACUAUGUUCUGGACAAAGUGCACCGUGACUUACCCAAGUGCUGCUCGGGUUAGUCACUUGCGAGUUUACCAAAUUGGUAGCGACAGUCAAAUAUGAAAGGAACAGCGACUAUUUCUUCUCGAGAAUUAUCGUGUAAAUAGAGCAAUCAAGGAAGGCACGAUCCUGGCUACUGCAUUAGGGCGCACCUUCCUUAUACAGAACCAGCAACGCAAUGAAAGAGCGACCCAUAAGCUACAUGGAUUAGGAAGGUUCGAGGGUCGCACCUACCUCACUUACAACAUUCCAUAAAAGGAAGGGGAGAACCC